CCACCACCACCACGCACUCUGUCUGCUAGAUCUGUCUGUCACAUGGAGAGUAAUGGAUGUGAUCACAGCAACCAGGCACUCUGCAUCGCCUAGUAUUUAAACAGCAGUGACUUCAGGACUGUGCCAGAUUUUGGAUGGAGUCAGCACCCACGUUUUCAUUUUCUUGUGUAGUUGCAGCCACAGUGCUCAGGUUUCGAGAUUCAAGCCAUCCUGUACAUCAGCGAGUAAAGAAUGGUCAAAUAUUUUAGUAAUAACAUAGACAUCAGGAGUACUUGGGACCAAGUUGUCUCUGCUUUUUGGCAGAGGUAUCCUAACCCAUUCAGCACCCAUGUUCUCACAGAAGAUGUUGUGUACCGGGAGGUGACUGCGGACAACCGGCUUCUCUCCAGACGCCUCCUGAUGAAGACCAAUAGGCUGCCUCGCUGGGCGGAGCGUCUCUUCCCCUCAGGCAUGUCUCGCUCUGUGUACAUCGUCGAGGACUCCAUCGUGGACCCUGUCAGCAGGAGUAUGACCACCUACACCUGGAACCUCAACCACACAACUCUCAUGUCAGUUGAAGAGCGUUGUAUUUUCCAAGACUCAGUGGAGCAGCCGGCCACCACCCUGCUGAGACGGGAGGCGUGGAUAUCUUCAAAUGUUUACGGCUUCUCCAGGCCUAUUCAGGAGUUCGGAUUGGCCCGAUUCAAGAGCAAUCAGGUGAAGGCCAUGAAAGGACUGGAAUACGCGUUGUCCAACAUACAGGGAGAGACGCCCCAGCGGCUGCUCAGGGAAACAGUGAAGGGAGCAUCAGAGAAGGCCAAGGAGACGGCCAAGAGCCUGGCUUCAGCCGCCGCCGUCCCACAGAAACCCCAGCAGUACGUCUGACAGCGUGUGGAGGGAUGCAAAGGUGACAUGAACUCAACACACUGCCUUUUGAUCAUCGCGAUCAUCUUGACUGGACUUGACUGGACUGAAGUUUUCUGGGAUUUCGCUGAUCGCUCUUCGUUCUCCGUGUUUUACGUUUUCGUAUGAAGCGGCCUCUCUUCUCUGUGGUUGGACUUUUGUCUGUUUCUGUUUCUUAACUUUCUGUCCUCGUUGAAUCUCAGGUCUUGAGCCUUUGUCUGAAACAUAUGGCCUUUGUGUGGGAAAAGUUCAGAAUCUGACCUGCAUGCUCUUACUAUGUCAGGUAUAAGUGCACAUUUUUUCAUAUAUUGCUAUAUAUGUAAUUUAUCUAUUUAUUAAGCAUAUUUAUUUAUCAUUAAUUAAGCAUAUUUUCAUACAAAAUAAAACUCUUGAACAGUGAUAUAUUAUUAUCAUUGGUCCAGCCUAAAUUUCUCAUUAGACCAAAUGAUAAUACUGCGACUGUGAAGUUUAAACACUUGAAGAAUGAAAGUCAAGGAUUAUGAUUUGAGGGUUGCACGCAGGGGACAUAUAAACCAUAUAAUUAUACUGCUAUACUAUAAUUGUGGUUUUAUGUUCGAUAUCCUCAUGAUAUCUUCCUUGUUUGACAUUUUUCCCACUUUCAAACGCAUCAUCAUACAGUGUGUGGUACUAUUAUCAACACACAAUGCAUUCUGUGAUAUAUCUCACAUUAAUAAAAACGUUUGUAUAAAUGCUGCUGGUUAACCAACGCACUGAGGCCUGAACUGAAGUUUUGAUAAUCAAAAGUGGUUUAUGGGGAAAAAGUCAGAUUUAGCAAAGUUUUCACAUAUCUGUGCUCAUAUCUUUACUCUGUAACGGUGCGUUAAUGAAUAUAUUUUUAUAUUAGAUGACCUGCCUGUUGAUUUGAAGCUUAAGUGGCGAUAGAGAUGAUUUAUUAUUGUACAGAUUUCACUGAUUGCAUUCCUUUUAUAGAUGGAAUUGUCUGUGUUUUCUGCUCCAAGAGGACUUGAGUUGUAGUUAGAAAAUUGACAGAAUUUAAAUUAUUUUUAAGGAUUAUUUAGCAUUAAGCAUUUGUGAUAUGGUUUACAUAAGUAGAUGUAUUUUUACUAGGUAGUAAGAUACGUUAAAACAGAAUCAAU